AUGUCUCCUCCGCGCUCAAUGACUCGGUUCCCUGCCACAGCGACGCUACUCUCCCUCGCAUGCGCGCUGUGGGCGACAGGAUCGGUUGCGGAAAGGAGCAGUGGCAACAACGGGGUGGGAUACAGUCUUGGAGAAGAAAUCCCUGUCUCCUGUCUCAAUCGGACAACGGAAGGAGAACAUAUAACAGAUGACAUGGGCAAACUGCAAUACAUCCCCUUUGCAACAUGUAAUGAGACCUCGCGCCCACUCGCCCUCCACUACGGCGUCUCCGAAACAAUCACCUGCACGAUCCCCUCCCUCUCCGACUCGCUCUACCACCUCUACGAAUUCUACGUGCACUCCGACGUCCCAAUGACUUGCCGCGUACCAACAGCACCACUCUCCUCCAGCAACACACCCACAGACAAAGAGUCCGAGUCCGGGGAAGUCGACUCGCUGGCCGCGCUGAAUGAGAACGGCCCGCCCUUCACGCCGCUCACCAUCGCGCUGCAGGGUACCCUACAGCUCAGCCACUUGCACAUCUGGACUGAUAUGAACAUGAUCAUGCAUAACAUGGCCUCUGACGCCGCGGCGCAAGAGCUGAAGCCGAAGAGUGCCCAGACCGGUCAGCCUGGGUAUGCGGUUGCUGGAACCGCGUACUCGACGCCCGAGUUUGAGGCUGCUGUCAAGGGCCUUGCGCUCGACAAUGAUGAGGAGGCUGUUGCUCUUGCGCAGGCUGCGCGCGAGCCCUGGACUUCUGGGCAUGGCACGAAGGUCGUACGCAGCGAACCGCUGACCUUUUCUUUCCAUAUUGCCUGGGUUGAAGGUGGUGCUGGCAUUGGGUGGCCGGAGCGGCCUAAGUCGGGCUCGUUCUUGGGCGCUGGUGCUGCUGGAGCGGCGCAGGGCUCCCGUGUUGGCUCGCUCUUUUCGAACUUGUUUUUCUUCGUCAUGGCCGCUUCUGUUGGUGCUCUUGCGGCACUCUACUGGGAGCGCAAUGGUGAUCGUUGGCGAGGUCGCUCAGGCUGGCAGGGUGAUGGCAUCUUGGGCGUGCCCUCUGCUCGGGGGAAGGGGACCGGUGUGACCUUUGGAAACGGUGGACGCAUCAAUGGCUACGGAGGGUACUCUGCGUCUGCUAAUGGUGCAGGAACUGGUGGCGGGGGAUAUGGAUUCCCCACUGGGAAGAGGGACUGA